GUUCCCUCUUUUCUCUCGUUCUGCUCUGCCAUGCCCUGCUCUGAAGCGACACCCACCAUCACCCCCAGAAAGCGGCCUCCGCCUGCGGAGGACGCCAAGCGGCCCGGCUUUGUCCGGCUCUCUGAGCACGCCACCACCCCGAGUAAGGAGUCCGCGCGGGGCUCGGGCUACGACCUGUACAGUGCCUAUGAUUAUACAGUACCACCUAUGGAAAAAGCCCUUGUGAAAAUAGACAUUCAGAUAGCUCUUCCUUCUGGGUGCUGUGGAAGAGUAGCUCCCCGUUCUGGCUGGGCUGCGAAACACUUCAUAGAUGUAGGAGCUGGCGUCAUAGAUGAAGAUUAUAGACGAAAUGUGGGUGUUGUACUAUUUAAUUUUGGCAAAAAAAAGUUUGAAGUCAAAAAGGGUGAUCGAAUUGCACAGCUCAUUUGUGAACGGAUUUUUGAUCCAGAAAUAGAGGAAGUUCAGGUUUUGGAUGACACUGAAAGGGGUUCAGGAGGUUUUGGGAAGAAUUAAAACUUAUGCCAAGAAUAGAAAAUGAGAAAACAUAC